CUGUAGACUAGACAAGAACCGAGAGGAGCAGCCAUUAUUGGAAGAUUACUACUGUUAUUCUAUUGAACGUGGGUGAGAGUAAAAUUAUUUGCUUGACGCCAGUUAGUCUUUUUUAUGUAAUACUAAAUGUUGUGUUUUAGUAUUAAAAACGUUUACAUAUGCAUGAAAUUAUACUUCGCGCCUUUUUGUUAAAAUAAAUGGAUGAUCAAACUUCGGAACAAGUCGUAAUACCGGACAUGGCCGAACCAUUGACGAACGAAUCCGAGAGUAAUGGAAAUUUAUCUUCGGACGAACAUAAAACAGUUUCGGUAGCGGCUGUUGAGUCUGUUUCAGUGUCUUCUGCUGUCCCGGUUUCUUUACCUGUUGGAUCAUUAAUAAAUGUUUCAGCUGGCACAACAUUUAACGUCAUCACUCCAGACCAACUUCAGCUUUCUGGAUCAACUCACUUCAAGCCUCUUCUGUGUGUUGACAAUGCUUGCCUCUGUGACGGUCGACAAGACAAGGAUUCAGAUUCUCUGCGAUCUUGGGUUAGGACAGAGAACGGAACACUAAAGGCCACUCACAUAGUGAUACAGGAUGGUUCUGCUGAUGAGUCCUCAACUGCCUCCCACAACUGUACCUCCUCAUGGACUGAGUAUGCUGGGAUGCCAGUGCUACCUGUCCGCUGCAAGACAACAAAUGCUGAACUACACAAGAACCGGUUUGGAUCAGGAGGCAGAGGCCGUUGUAUCAAAUUGCUUGACAAUUGGUACACUCCUAGCGAGUUUGAGGCAUUCUGCGGCCGUGCCUCCAGCAAGGACUGGAAGAGAAGUAUCAGGUUUGGUGGGCGAAGCCUGCAGGCACUGAUCGACGAAGGUAUUCUUACCCCCCAUGCCACCAGCUGUACGUGCUCGGCCUGCUGCGAUGACGACUCUGCUAUGAUGAUGUUGCAGACCGGGCCAGUGAGACUGUUUACACCUUACAAGAGACGGAAACGGAAGGACACUUUGGAUGGUGAAGGAGGGCUGCCGAGAAAACUCAAGCCUCACGCUGGAGACAGUAAUGGAGAGGAGAGCUGCGAUUCAACUGGAGAGAUCCUGGGCAUCAAGGAGUCGUGGAACUCGGCACAGUUUGUGACGGAGGCUAUGGUGAGUGAAGUGGACGGCAGUCCUCCAGCCUCGACUGUGGCUACCAGCUCUGUGACUGCUGCCACAGCCACUACCUCACCCAGUAACACCACACACACCGAGUUCGUCCCCACUUCCUCAGUUGCUGAUCUUUUUAAAAAACUAGAUGAGAUUGCCACACGGCUGGUGAAGACAUCAUAUACACUGAGAAGAACCCUGGAGGAGACCAAGGAUCAGUGGAGGGUAGAGAAGGAACAAUUGAAGGAGCAAGCCAAGAGAGAUAAGGAGCAGGCAGUGUUGGCAGCUCGAGUGGAGGCACAAGUAGCAUGUUCCAGAGCUGUAUUUGACUCGACUGUCCAUGUAGUAGACCCUGUCAACACAUUGGGACUGCAACCAACUUCUGACUCUAAUGAUUCCAAAAAGUGUGCCAAUUGUAACAGAGAUGCGUUUGCCGAGUGUUCUCUCUGCCGCCGCACGCCUUACUGCUCGACGUUCUGUCAGCGUAAGGAUUGGGCCAGCCACCAGGUAGAGUGUGUGCAGACCGCCAGCGACCAGGGUUCUAUCAUGCUUAUCGUAGAGAGCACAGACCAGGUCUUGCCGCAACCAGAGUAGACUGUUGUUAUUAGUAAUUUAUUUAUUCCUAUUUCAGUUGGGCAGGAAAAUUGUGAAAAUUGUUAAGUGAGGACGGCCAACUAAACCAAAUUCCAAGUACCUGAUACAUUUCUAGCCAUGGACAAGUGGAAUAAGAGAUUCAUUUUCCGUUCUCUGAUAACUUUGGUUAGUUGUGGAACAUUUUAAGUUGACAAUGUGACAUAAUGAAUCAAUCACAAAGACUGUUGCAAUGCUACAAGCUGCUUAUGACACAUUAAAAAUCAGCAGAGCAGAAUCGUCUAAAGAUUAAUUCAGUAUUAUUUAGCUCCAUACUUGGGGUUGCUACAUUUUCAUCAUUAGAUUAAUUGAUUACUAUGUUGCAUUACUAAUGUUGAUAACAUUCCAUUUCCACUCCAUUUAUUUUUACUUCUUCCUGUUAAUUCGCAAAACAAAUUAUUCAAUAAUUUUAGAGUACACAAAAAAGACUAGAUGCAUUGGCUACAAAAUAAAGUAAAUUUGAAUUAUUUUGUAUUUGGUUUUGGUUAAUAUUCAGUGUUUAUCAUUAAGUUAUGGGAGUGUGGUUGCAAUACAUAUAAAUUCAUCAUUAUAUUAUGUAGUGUAGUCACUUGUUCCAAAAGGGUUUCACAUAGCAAAUCUUGAUUGUUCAAAGCUGAAAGUAUUCUUGAAGUUUAAAAUAAAAAUAAAAAUUUGUAAACAAAUUUUUAAUCCUGCCCAGCUAUAAUUCUUAUAAUUAGACAUCUAGUGGUGUAUCUAUAAAAUAAUUGAAGUGGUGCUCGCAUAAUAUAUUUUUGUGAACUUGUUUUGAUUAUAGAGAGUUUAUAACUUUUUUAUUUAUCUUCUAACUUACUGGUUUGAAAUAAUAACCCUAUAAUAUUUCAUAAAGAAUUCAUUUUUUUAUUAUUAAUGAUGUGAUGUUUAAGAGUAUGACAUUUUUAUUUAUUGCGAAAAUUAACUUUUGUUCAACUUUGUAGAUGCGUAAUUUGAAAGAAUAACAAACAGGAUUUUGGAAAUUUUCCAUUAUACAUUACAAAAAUAUAUAACACUACGUUCUCCACCCUCUUCCUCAGUUGUCACAAAGUUAAGGAUACACUAAAUUUGUUUAAACAAUCCAAGUGUGACAAUGAACGUUUAUAUUUUUGAGUUAGAUGGAGGUGAGUUAAUCACCAUACUUUAAUUUUUUUUAUAAUCAAACACUUGAUGGUAAAUCGACAGCUGAUGAAUGAGUUUAGCUAAGCUUCCUAAGCUAUAUUUUGUCUGGUAGUGUUCGACUACAACAUAUUAUGACAUCAUUAAAUAAGUAUGUUGUAAUCAGAAUGUUAAAAAAUUAUCAAAGUUAACAGAAAAGUUAUGUUUAAUGUUCAUAAUUUUUAUUUAAAUUCCAAUGACACAUUUAGUUAAAACCUUAAAAUACCUAAGGGCAUGAUAAGAUACACAAGGUUUUACUCUAUAAAAGUGGUAAGGUUUACGUCAAGUUCUAAAAAAAUUCCAUUGACACUCUGAUACUAAAAAACUCAUGUGUAUUCUUAGCCUUAUAGUAUAGACAUAGAAUAGUGUAGUAUUAUUGAAACUACUAUUUUGGGAUUAAACAAAAUUAACCCAUUGACUGACUACCAAUUAAAACUCCAAUAUUUUUACCCUCAGUACCAAAUUAAUUUUUCAUUUUGCAAUAAAAAUCUUAUGUGCGUGUUUAGGGUCAAUUAAAAAUAUGAAACAACCAUAUAACAUGAUGAAAUUAUAUAUAUUAUUAUCUUAUAUUUUAAAUAUUUAGUUGCUUAGCAAUGAUUAUAUUUAUAUCAGAUCUACUUCUAAAAAUAAAAUUAUGUGGAUAAUAAGCUUGCCUUGGCCGUUCUCAAGUUAGAAGGUUAGGUCAUUUUACAUAUUAAAAUUUCUUUGUCGCUACUUUCACUAAAGAUUUCCUCAUCAAAGUUGUGUAUGUACUUUCAUUGAGUAUGUUCUCCACAAAAUUACUAAAACUCUCAGAAAAAAAACUAUAUCAUUUACUGUGACGUCAUUUGAGACAGAAACUAAUUAAAACAAAUUAUCAACGGAUAAACAAAAAAAAUGUUAUGAUAUAAUAGUAUAAACAAAUGCUGAAAUAAUCGCUAUCGGAAUAUUUUUCGACUCAAAAACUAACUGUAAUGUGCAUUGCCAAUAUACGUCAUUGGUAGCCAAUGGGGGUUAAACGUCUGUAGUACUUUCAGUAAAAAUCUAAUUUGCUCUCAAGAUGAAAUUAAUACUUAUUUCUCUCUAUGUGCAUUGCCAAUAUACGUCAUUGGUAGCCAAUGGGGGUUAAACGUCUGUAGUACUUUCAGUAAAAAUCUAAUUUGCUCUCAAGAUGAAAUUAAUACUUAUUUCUCUCUAGAUUAAUGAAUAUUUUAAGAAAUUCAUUUGUAUUUUAAUGUAUAAUAUGUAAAUAGUUAUUAUACAAUUGCUAAUAAUGGUUUAUUUAUAAGUAUUCAAUUCUAUUUAAAACUUGUUACUAAAUUUAUUUAGACCUAUCUAUCUCUUUAUUAAUAGUAAACUGUAUACACUCUGUCCUGCAUAUAGGUCUAGACUACUGUUAAUAUUAUUUUAAGAAGUAUUAAAAGAAACCUGUUUUAUAUAGACAAAUUAGGAGAAUUAACAAUUUUGUGAUUGCAACAAAUUGAAUGUAAGAUAAAACAAGCUUCUUCUUAUUUUAUUCCUCUUCUUCACUAUUUGGUGGACCUUAAACUUUUACAAGUAAAAUGUUUUGUAAUAAUAAUCAUAAUUAAUCUUCAAUCAUCAGUUCAAUGAUUUACAAUUGGAAAUAAAUAUCCUCUCAUCUCUCAAUUCACCCUUUAACUUACUCAUUAUUUAGCUUAUUAGUGAAUAACUGAAAAAUGUAACCAGAUUUCCAAAUAAACAAGGAUUUUCAAAAAUUACAUUCUUUUUAUACAUAUACACACAAAUACAAAUAUACUUCAAAGAAUUUAAUACAAAAUUAUUUAAAUUGAUUAAUUAGUUGUUAUAUUUGUCAAUCAAAUUAUGACUAGUUUAAAUCAAAACAAGUAUAUGUAUGAAAAGAAAUAUGUAAUUACUGAAAUAUCUGAUCUGAUACCAUAUUUUACCAUUAUCUUAAUAGUAUUUAAGUUACAGCUGUUCAAAUCUUGGCAUUCUUUUUCAGAGUGCUCUAUACGUAUAGCCUAGCUUAAAAACUGUAUGAUAUAAAUAAAAGUUUUGUUUUAUAUGUUGCCUAUUAGUCAAUAUUACAUAUCACAAAUGAAAAAAUUUCAUUUUUAAGACAUUGAUCAAAUAAAAAAAUCCCACCAUUAAUAGAAUAAAGAGUAGGAUUUUCUAAAUUUUUUUAAGUAUGUAGUCACAUGGAGUCUGUUACGGUUUAACCAUUUCAUUUGUCUUGAUGAUGCAUUCAUUGGUACUUAAAUUGCUAAAGGUCCACUGUAAUGAGGAAUAAAGAAUUAAUUCUCUACAACACAUCACUUUGCACUAUUGUUAUGUCUAUAAUAUAUUUUUUCAUAAUACUUUGUCUGUUUUAUACAAGUAUUCCCAGGUUGUAUUAUUAUUAUUUAAUAUAGAGUUACCAUAAACUCCCUGUGUUAUUUCCCACCCUACUGUAAUUGUGUACAAUAAACUUUGUGUUUAAUAUGA